AGUAAAUGUGUUCUUAUUCAUCACUGAAGUGAUACAACAUCAUUUUAACUUCCUUUUGUUAGUAAGGAGGCUUUUCUCGACAGUGAGACAGCGUGUGUAACGUUGUGAAAGCGUUAGUAGGAAACAUAGUGGCGCCUUUCAUUGACUUCACUAUCAGUGUGAAGCUGUUCCUCCAUAACAAUGAACUACUCUGACUAUGACUCUGAUGGAUAUUCAUCUCAUGAAGAUGAAGACUACGUCCCGUCAGAUGAUAACCUCAGUGAGGAUGACAUUAAUGAGUGUGAAAAGGAAGACCCCCUGCAUGAGGGUGAUGACGUCCCACAUCCUGAUAAUGUCACCAAGAAGAAGAAGAAGAAAAAGGACAUCGGUAUGAGAAAGAGGAAGCAAGGAGUCCUGAAAAUAGACGAAGAGGACAAAGAGGAGAAGGAUGGAGGGGAAGCAGAAGAUGCGCCACCACCACAAGAAGAGGUGGAAAGACCCAAAAAGAAGGAUGAUGAUGAAAAACAGAAGAAAAAGUCAGAUGACCUCUGGGCCAGUUUCUUGUCUGACGUUGGAUCUAGACCCAAAGAGUCCACACCUGCUUCACAGUCCAGCACCACACAGACGGCUGAUUCUUCAGCAACAAAGGUUGCUCCUUCGAGAACACAAACAAAAGAACCAGAACCUGCUAAAGUCAUCAUCACUAAAGUUUUUGACUUCGCUGGAGAAGAAGUCAGGGUGAAUAAAGAAGUAUCAGCAGACUCCAAAGAAGCCAAGAGUUUCCUGAAGCAGCAGAACACAAACCAGGAGGAGGAGAUAGAUGAAGAAGAUGGGCCAUUUCCCAGCCAAAGAGCUCUCCCUGGUCCCAGUGCCAAGCGGCCGGCGGGCAUGUCCAGCAUCCUGAACCGUAUGGGAGGGAAGAAACAGAAAAUGAGCACACUGGAGAAGUCAAAGAUGGACUGGGACGCUUUUAAAUCAGAAGAGGGCAUCUCUGAGGAGCUGGCUAUCCACAACAGAGGCAAAGAGGGGUAUGUGGAGCGGAAGAACUUCUUGGAUCGCGUCGACCACCGACAGUUCGAGUUAGAAAAAGCAGUGCGACUGAACAACAUGAAACAAUGACACGGACUGACAACACACACACACCACACACACACACACACACACACACACACACACAGAGACGAGUCUGAAACAAAGCCAGCCAGAGACCGGAACAGAUGUUUAGACGUUGUGUAUCUCGCUUUCUGUCUCUCUAAUGACAGAGUUGGUCUUCCCUCAGUACAGUGAGCAGUGACUGGAGCUGUGGCUGGAGGUCUAUUUCAGGACGGGGAUAUUAAUAGUCAGAGUUAGUGUAACGGAGGGUGUUGAGUGUACCACUUCGUCUUCCUGUGCCUCCGUCUUUGUGAGAACCAAUUAGAGUCUUGAAGCUUCACUCUGAGCACGUUUUUGGGAAGUGAGGUCAUUUUUGCCAGUCGUGCUACCUCUGGGGGGUUGAGUUAGGACUAUUUUGGGUCUGGGAGGUACGGGAUCUAAUUUAUUUCAAUGUGACUCUUGUUUUCAUCCUUUUGUUGAUCAUUUCUAUCAGUGAUAAUAACAGUCUGGACGUCUGGAAACACAGAGACGUUGGUGAAUAGUCAAAUGAUCACAGACAUGCUUCCCCCUCAAUAUUUACUGUAUUUACUGUAGUUGUGUGCAUGCAGUUUUUCUGUCAAAUAAAGGUGCAAAGUGGGGAAAAAAACUGCCCCUCAACCCCCCUCACCAUUCUGUAUCUCUUUUUCAAAAUUUUCAAUAAACAAUGUUAUUUAACAUAGAAAGUCAUGACUCUCCUGGAUUAUGAGCCUAUAGGUUUGUUAUGUUAUGAUCACCAGUUUCAAUGAUUACAACUCUGAAAUCAAUCAAUCAAUCAAAUUCCAACAAAAAUCAUCCAAAGGUGCUUUACACAUAGAGCAGGUCUAGACCAUACUCAUUUAAUUUAUAGAGACCCAACAUUCCCACAUGAGCAGCACUUGGUGACAGCAGCAAGGAAAGAAUAUCAUGCAGAGAGCUCAAAAUAGUACAAUACCCAUGAGUCUAGAGGGCGAUCCACACCAAGAACAAUAUCUGUAAUCAUUACCAAAGUGUCCUGUAAAUAGUGACACCAAGCCCACGCUUCUGAAAAUGGAUAUUGAUGAGCUGUAACUGCUGUAUGUUGUCCAGUACAUCAACAUGACCCCACCUGCUUCCCUUCACAUGUCUCACUGUGAGUGUUGAUCUGCUGAUGUUCCAUAUUAAUACCAGCUUGUAAAAUGUAAAGACUCAUGGAUCAGGUGUUAUCAUCCAUACACUGCUCACAUUUAAUACCAGGUGCACAUUAGCAGGGUGUCGAUAACUUUGAUGUUCUUUAACGCAGAAGACUCAAGAAAUGAAAUGAAGCAUACUGUGAGGAUUAUGUCCUAAAAAAAAAUUGAACUUUUUAAUCUUGAAAUCAUGUUUUGAUCCAGGAAUGAUCCAAAAUCUGAGAGAGGACUUGUUGAAAUAUUCCUCUCGCUAUUGGCUGUAUGGCAACAACAUUGAAGGC